UCUCCCUCCGGUUCGAGCAAACAUGGCGGCGUCGGAAUGGAGGCGGAAGGCCCUGCGAGGGUUGCUUCGGUGCCCAAAAUGGAUUUGGGUAACGAGAUCCAGAAAUUAUGCAUCUGCAACAGCAGGACAAAGUAAUAUUGAGAAGGUCCUUGUGGCAAAUCGAGGUGAAAUAGCAUGCAGAGUAAUGCGAACAGCUAGGAAGAUGGGAGUGAAGUCAGUGGCUGUUUACAGUGAUGCUGACAGGAACUCAAUGCACGUGGCAAUGGCAGAUGAAGCAUAUUGCAUUGGUCCGCCGCCAUCUCAGCAGAGCUAUUUAGCCAUGGAAAAGAUAAUGCAAGUGGCCAAAAAUUCAGCAGCACAGGCCAUCCACCCAGGCUAUGGCUUCCUCUCGGAAAACACUGAAUUUGCAGAACUCUGCAACCAAGAAGGAAUCAUUUUUAUAGGACCUCCUUCAUCUGCUAUCAGAGAUAUGGGCAUCAAGAGCACUUCCAAGGCCAUUAUGUCUGCUGCUGGGGUUCCUGUGGUCGAAGGUUAUCAUGGUGAAGAUCAGUCUGACAAGUGCUUGGCAGAGCAAGCCAGAAGGAUUGGGUAUCCAGUCAUGAUCAAAGCAGUACGAGGAGGUGGAGGAAAGGGCAUGAGGAUUGCUCUCUCAGAAAAAGAAUUUCAGGAACAACUAGAAUCAGCCAGGAGAGAAGCAAAGAAAUCUUUCAAUGAUGAUGCCAUGUUGAUAGAGAAGUUUGUAGAUAAUCCAAGGCAUGUGGAAGUUCAGGUGUUUGGAGACCACCAUGGCAACGCAGUCUACCUGUUUGAAAGAGACUGCAGUGUACAGAGAAGGCAUCAGAAAAUUAUUGAGGAAGCUCCUGGACCAGGAAUUACACCUGACGUGCGACGGAAACUUGGAGAAGCAGCUGUAAAGGCAGCUAAAGCUGUGAAUUAUGUUGGAGCAGGAACAGUUGAAUUUAUAAUGGAUCGUGAACAUAACUUCUAUUUCAUGGAAAUGAACACCAGGCUGCAAGUGGAGCACCCAGUUACAGAAAUGAUUACAGGGACAGACUUGGUGGAGUGGCAGCUGAAGAUUGCUGCGGGAGAGAAAAUUCCUUUGACUCAGGAAGAGAUCUUGCUCAAGGGCCAUGCCUUUGAAGCCAGAAUCUACGCUGAAGACCCAGAUAAUAAUUUCAUGCCAGGGGCUGGACCCUUAUUGCAUUUGUCUACACCGCCUUCUGAUAGCUGCACCAGGAUAGAAACUGGGGUAAGACAAGGAGAUGAAGUUUCCAUACAUUAUGAUCCAAUGAUUGCUAAAUUGGUUGUCUGGGCUGAAGAUCGUCAAGCAGCUUUGAGGAAAUUAAGAUAUUGCCUUCGACAAUAUAAUAUUGUAGGGCUGAACACUAAUGUUGAUUUCUUAUUGAAUCUCGCGGGCCACCCGGAGUUUGAAGCCGGAAAUGUUCACACCAGUUUUAUCCCUCAACAUUAUGAUGAGCUCUUUCCAGCCAAAGGAGCCAUAUCAAAAGUAUCUUUGUGUCAGGCAGCUCUUGGACUCAUCCUGAGAGAGAAAAUGAUGACAGACACUUUCAGGCUUCAGUCAGAAGAUAAGUUCUCCCCAUUUGCAUCCAGCAGUGGUAGAAGACUAAACAUACCCUACGUUAGAAACUUGACUCUUCUAGAUGGUGAAAAUAAUGUGAAUAUGAGUGUUACCUACAAUCAUGAUGGAUCAUACAACAUGCAGAUACAGGACCAGUCUUUCCAUGUUUCUGGAUGUGUUUCAAGCGACGGUGCUUCAGAUUACAUAAUAUGUUCAGUAAAUGGAAUUAUUUGUAAAUCCAAGAUGGUAAUUUUGGACAAUUCCAUUCACCUCUUCUCACCGGAAGGCAGUGAGCAGAUUGGUCUUCCUUUGCCAAAAUACCUCUCUGGAACUAGUGCCGUGGGAGAGCAGAGUGGGGCUGUGGCCCCUAUGACAGGAACAAUAGAAAAGGUAUUUGUGAAAGCUGGGGAUAAAGUCCAGGUUGGAGAUCCGUUAAUGGUAAUGAUAGCGAUGAAAAUGGAGCACACCAUUCGUGCCCCAAAAGCAGGAAUCAUAAAGAAGGUUCUUUAUCAGGAAGGAUCGCAGGCCAACAGACAUACUCCACUAGUUGAGUUAGUGGAAGAAGAAUUGGAGUCAAAAUAAUUUCCAUUGAAUGGAGGUGAUGAGUUUUGAUUCUUUCUUGCUUCUUUUUUAUUCUUCAAGAAAUCAUCUUCUUAUUUUAUUCAUUGAACGGAUCAGUAAUAAAUUGCUCUUAUUGA